UCUCGUCCAAGUCGCGGCAGUGUGUGGCAGCCGGCCGAGUGAGCAACUCACCUGGCCAGACCCUGAAGGUCGCACCUGAAAAACAAACCGAGGCACGGAUGGGCAGCAUUAAUUUUUCAUCUCUUCUCCGCUGAAAUCCAUCACAGCAUUCAAGAAAACUACUAAUUCAAAGUUUAUUGGAAUAAUUAAUGGCUGGCGAGAGGAGGAAAGGCAGCGGCGGAGGCGACUCCCGCAUUUUCACCGUGGAUAUGGGCGCCGAGUCAAUGGAGGCGCGCACGCCACUUGCCUGGCAGCAGAGGAACCUAAAUUACCAACAACAGCAACAACGAAACCAACAACACGCCUACAGCUCCAACACUAUUGGACAUGUAGAGAAGGCUAACAAAGGUGUUAACAGCGGCGUGCGCCGUGUCGUAGAGGAGGGGGCACAGACGGUGGGCCGCGGCGGGCGAAGGUCGUCGUCCAGCACGACGGCCACGUCAAGCAGCUCUGCGGCCACAUCGAAGGCAUCGCGGCCACCGCCUCCGCAGCCGCAACCAGCGGCCGCCGUGCAGCACCAGCAGCACGGGUUGGGCGCGACCUGGGACGGCGAGCCGUGUCCGGUGCACCACCCUGUGAUGUUCCUGCCCCCGGUGGCCACCAUGGCUUCCAUGCAAAUGCCGGCGGCCACCAUGAAUUCCAUGCAAAUGCCGGUGGCCACCAUGGCCCCCAUGCAUAUGCCGGCGGCCACCCUACCACGGCGGCCGCCCGCCUACGACAAUAGCGUGGUAAUGCUGAUGCCACCGAUGUUGCGGCCACGGCCUCUGGUGAUGCCGGCAGCCAGCGACGCCGGGCCGCCAGAGCCCCUACCGAUGCGCGACCCCAAGCAGACGCUGCCCCGCAAGGAGGGCUCGGCUGCCAGCGAAAAGCCGCUGUCCAAGAGCAGCGACUGCCGCGGCCACUCGGUCGUGCUGUGGUUCAUAAUCAGCAUUAUCACCAUCGGCGUCCUCCUGGGCGCCGUCCUCAGAUUUGUCAUGGGCUGAGAGAGCCAUUAUUUAUUCAGCGUGAUCUUGUGACAUAUGUAAUUGCGAGUAGGACUAUGAUUAUUAGAAUAAUGUAUGUUUAAGCCAGACUGAGUUAGGCCGAAUAAAUGAGUUAUUUACAAGAAAUGAGGUAUAUAUCGAUUAAAAUACAAAAUGGCACGCUAUGGAAAGCCUCUCUAAACAUCAGAAAUUGCGCAUGAAAAAAAUAAGGAACUAUCAAACUAACUUUAAAUUAUACCAAAAGCUGUGGUUUGCCCAACCAGUUUCACUCUUAUUUUCCCUUCAGUUAUAUUCAAACUAAUGAAGAUAUUUAUGCUGCUUGUCACAUCUUACCUUCUAUUUCUGGCCUUAUUUAGUAAAGAGUAACCUGCAGAAAAAACUGCUUUUGGACUGCAGUACCUCCGAAGAACUGACCAACUGUGUAUAAUAUGCAUAUUAAAUUUGUUAAAUAAAUAACCCAGUUUGAUUUGAA